CCCCUUUAUUCAAGCUUUUACCAUCAUGUUCUCGGCCAAGGUCCAAACUGCCAUUCGCACCACUGUUAAUGUGGCCCGUCGCUCAUACAGCCAUGCCAACGCGUAUGAUGCCACCUACAAGAACUUGCUCAUCAACAAAAACACAAAGGUGAUCUGCCAGGGCUUCACAGGAAAGCAGGGUACUUUCCAUUCUCAGCAGGCAAUUGAGUACGGUACCAACAUGGUCGGUGGUGUCUCUCCCAAGAAGGCUGGUCAGGUUCACCUUGGUCUCCCCGUUUUCGGCUCAGUUAGAGAGGCUGUUAAGGAAGCCAAGCCCGACGCCAGUGUUAUCUACGUCCCCCCUCCCGGUGCUGCCGCCGCCAUUCUCGAUGCCAUCGAAAACGAGAUCCCCCUUAUUGUUGCCAUCACUGAAGGUAUUCCUCAGCACGACAUGGUCAAGGUUAAGCAGGCCUUGAUGACCCAGGGCAAGUCACGUCUCGUUGGUCCCAACUGCCCCGGUAUGAUCUCUGCUGAGCAGUGCAAGAUCGGUAUUAUGCCCGGUCACAUUCUUAAGCGUGGUAAGAUCGGUAUUGUCUCCCGCUCCGGUACAUUGACCUACGAGGCCGUCAACCAGACUACUGAGGUUGGUCUUGGUCAGACCCUCUGUGUCGGUAUUGGUGGUGAUCCCCUCAACGGCACCAACUUCAUCGACUGUCUUAAGGUCUUCUUGGAAGAUGAGGAGACCGAAGGUAUUGUCAUGAUUGGCGAGAUCGGUGGUACUGCCGAAGAGGAGGCUGCCGACUUCUUGACCCAGUACAACUUGUCCAGAGACCUCCCCAAGCCCGUUGUUUCUUUCAUUGCUGGUUUGACUGCUCCUCCUGGCCGUAGAAUGGGUCAUGCUGGUGCUAUCAUUUCCGGUGGUAAGGGUGGUGCUCAGGAUAAGAUCAAGGCAUUGGAGAAGGCUGGUGUCAUUGUCACUCCUUCCCCUGCCAAGAUGGGUAUUGAACUCCAAAAGGCUAUGGUUGCCGCUGGUUUGGCUUAAGAGAUAGGAUAUCCGUUGUUUUAAAACUCUGUACUAUACAUUUAUAUAUUGUCGUUUUUGUUUUCAUUAAAGCGAUAGAAAGAAGUUAUACUCUCAAUUCACUUUAAAAAGAAAAAGCCAUUUUUUUUUUCAUUCAUAAAAAAAUCGAAGAGGCUUAUCUGAUCCGCCCAUUCCCGUAUUCAAUCAAUUU